UGCGCAGGCAGACCGGGCCUGGAGUCUUCUCCUUUGCCGCCACUGCCGCCGCGGCCGACUCCCCUGGAUUUGAGUCUCGCGCUUUCCUCGUUCGCUUGCCGGCGGGUUUGCGCCUCUCUCGCGCCUCCGGGCAGCGAGGCUGGGGACGGGGUAGGAGAGGGCUAUUGAACGCCGCCUUUAAGUGGUGCUCGGGGCGGCCAUGUCGGCCGGCGAGGUCGAGCGCCUAGUGUCGGAGCUGAGCGGCGGGACCGGAGGGGAUGAGGAGGAAGAGUGGCUCUAUGGCGGCCCAUGGGACGUGCAUGUGCACAGUGAUUUGGCAAAGGACCUAGAUGAAAAUGAAGUUGAAAGGCCAGAAGAAGAAAAUGCCAGUGCUAAUCCUCCAUCUGGAAUUGAGGAUGAAACUGCUGAAAACGGCGUACCUAAACCGAAAGUGACCGAGACUGAAGAUGAUAGUGAUAGUGACAGUGAUGAUGAUGAGGAUGAUGUUCAUGUCACUAUAGGAGACAUUAAAACAGGAGCACCACAGUAUGGGAGUUAUGGUACAGCACCUGUAAAUCUUAACAUCAAGACAGGAGGAAGAGUUUAUGGAACUACAGGAACAAAAGUCAAAGGGGUAGACCUUGAUGCACCCGGAAGCAUUAAUGGAGUUCCACUCUUGGAGGUGGAUUUGGAUUCUUUUGAAGAUAAACCAUGGCGUAAACCUGGUGCUGAUCUUUCUGAUUAUUUUAAUUAUGGGUUUAAUGAAGAUACCUGGAAAGCUUACUGUGAAAAACAAAAGAGGAUACGGAUGGGACUUGAAGUUAUACCAGUUACCUCUACUACAAAUAAAAUUACGGCCGAAGACUGUACUAUGGAAGUUACACCAGGUGCAGAGAUCCAAGAUGGCAGAUUCAAUCUUUUUAAGGUACAGCAGGGAAGAACUGGAAAUUCAGAGAAGGAAACAGCACUUCCAUCUACAAAAGCUGAAUUUACUUCUCCUCCUUCUUUGUUCAAGACUGGGCUCCCACCAAGCAGAAACAGCACCUCUUCUCAGUCUCAGACAAGUACUGCCUCCAGAAAAGCCAGUUCAAGCGUUGGGAAGUGGCAGGAUCGAUAUGGGAGGGCCGAAUCACCCGAUCUAAGGAGAUUACCUGGGGCAAUUGAUGUUAUUGGUCAGACUAUAACUAUCAGCCGAGUAGAAGGAAGGCGACGGGCAAAUGAAAACAGCAACAUACAGGUCCUUUCUGAAAGAUCUGCUACUGAAGUAGACAACAAUUUUAGCAAACCGCCUCCAUUUUUCCCUCCAGGAGCUCCUCCCACCCACCUUCCACCUCCUCCGUUUCUUCCACCUCCUCCAACUGUCAGCACUGCUCCACCUCUGAUUCCACCACCAGGUAUUCCAAUAACUGUACCACCUCCAGGUUUUCCUCCUCCACCAGGCGCUCCACCUCCAUCUCUUAUACCAACAAUAGAAAGUGGACAUUCCUCUGGUUAUGAUAGUCGUUCUGCACGUGCUUUUCCUUAUGGGAAUGUUGCCUUUCCCCACCUUCCUGGUUCUGCUCCUUCAUGGCCUAGUCUUGUGGACACCAGCAAGCAAUGGGACUAUUAUGCAAGAAGAGAGAAAGACCGAGAUAGAGAUAGAGACAGAGACCGAGAGCGAGACCGUGAUCGGGACAGAGAAAGAGAACGUACCAGAGAGAGGGAGAGGGAGCGUGAUCAUAGCCCUACGCCAAGUGUUUUCAACAGUGAUGAAGAACGAUACAGAUAUAGGGAGUAUGCAGAAAGAGGCUAUGAGCGUCACAGAGCAAGUCGAGAGAAAGAAGAACGACACAGAGAAAGACGACACAGAGAGAAAGAGGAGACGAGACACAAGUCAUCUCGAAGUAAUAGUAGGCGUCGCCAUGAAAGUGAAGAGGGAGACAGUCACAGGAGACACAAGCACAAAAAAUCUAAAAGAAGCAAAGAAGGAAAAGAAGCUGGCAGUGAGCCUGCCCCUGAACAGGAGAGCACUGAAGCUACACCUGCAGAAUAGGCAUGGUUAUGGCCUUUUGUGUAUAUUAGUGCCAGAAAUAGAUACUAUAAAUCUUGUUAUUUUUCUGGAUAAUGUCUAAGAAAUUUACCUUUAAUCUUGUUCUGUUAGUAUGAAAAGUUAACUUUUUUUUCAAAAUAAAAGUGAAUUUUUCAUGUUAAGUUAAAAAUCUGUUUUUGUAAUAUUUAAAAAAAUAAAAGACGGCAAUGACUUU